CGUGUCAAUGUCCACGAUGUGGAUGUGUGACGGUACUCUCUAGAAGCAUCGCAGUUUCUCAAUUCCUCUCCUCUCCUCUGCCUGCUGAUUCGCGCAUUUUCCUUACUCUCUACCGAUUUCUCUGCUGCUCCAUGGCGUCGGAGACCAAUGGGGAUUCCGCGCAGAGGAGACCGCGGCAGAACGAAGCCGCUAGGCUGCCGACGCCGGCGGAAUUCAGGGGCACUCGAGGAUCUCAUAUCCAUACCUUUUUCGCGAUGUCCUUGUGGCUUGGUUCGGUCCAUCUAAUUGCUUCCAUCGUCCUUGCUUCCUUCGUUUUCUUAUCUUUCUACAAAGCAGCCGGAGUUUUCGUGUUGCUUCUGAUAUUAAUGGUGAUUCCGAUUGAUGAGCGGAGCAAAUGGGGUCGGAAGUUAGCUAGGUAUAUAUGUAAGCACGUGGUUGGUUAUUUCCCAGUGACAUUGUAUGUGGAGGACAUCAAAGCCUUUGAUCCUAAUGAGGCCUAUGUAUUUGGUUAUGAGCCACACUCAGUUUGGCCCCUUGGAGUUGUUGCUCUUGCUGAUCUUACCGGUUUCAUGCCCCUCCCAAAAAUCAAAGUUCUUGCAAGCACUGCUGUGUUCUACACUCCUUUCAUGAGACAUUUAUGGACGUGGUUGGGACUUUCACCCGCCUCAAGGAAAAAUUUUACUUCUCUUCUUGAAUCUGGUUAUAGCUGCAUUGUAGUUCCAGGUGGAGUUCAGGAGGCCAUCUACAUGGAGCAUGACUCUGAGGUUGCCUUUCUGCAAAAGAGGAGAGGAUUUGUGCGUAUUGCCAUGGAAACAGGCAAGCCUCUGGUUCCUGUGUUCUGCUAUGGUCAGUCUCAUGUGUACAAGUGGUGGAAGCCUAGCUGGAAACUCUACAGGGAUUUCUCUAGAGCUAUAAAGUUUGCACCAAUCAUUUUUGGGGGUGUACUAGGUUCACCAAUACCGUUCAACCGUCCAAUGCAUGUGGUGGUCGGUCAACCAAUUAUGGUUAAAAAAAAUUCGCAACCUACUGCAGAAGAGGUUGCUGAAGUCCAUGCCCGGUUUGUGGAAGAGCUUCAAAAUUUGUUUGAAAGACACAAAGAGAAAGCUGGAUACACUGACAUUGCACUGAGAAUUCUGUAGCACAUUGUUAACUAACUGCCAAUGAUCUGUAGUUUGUUGUAAAUUUUACCUGUUUUUGGGUGUACUACGAUUCUGGACCAUAUUUGUUUACACAAUAAUUUCGGAGAGACUUUGGUAUUAUUCAAAUUUUUU